CCAUCAAGGGCAUAUAGCGUUUCAGAACAGAAUUUGGUCUUUGCACUGGUUGGCACGCUGCGCCGUUUCAGGAGUUUCUGUUGUAACACUUAGCAGAUAUUCGGGCGCUGACUCCUACUACUUCGUGGGAAACGUGUCAUGGCGGCACGCCAGGCCCUGGGCCGGGCCUUGCUUGCUGCCGGCGGCACUAUGGUUGUGCUCACCGUGGGGACCGGAGCGCUCAGCGGCGUGGCGAUGGGCGUGGCGAAAGUUUUCAUCGACCGGGAGAAGUCAAAGAAGCAAGUACCAUGCGUCGUUUGCCGAAGCAACCGGAGAGUUGUGUGCGAGGUCUGUGAAGGCGAGCGCAUAAUCAAGUACUGGCCCACGCCAGAGCCGCCUCCGGCGCAGCUGCACACCUGGAGCGUGUGCAGCAUGUGCGAGGGCGCCGGCGACCACCCCUGCAUCAACUGCCACGGCACGGGCAGCGUGUACCCGCAGGCCUGGGACCUGGCGGAGCAGGAGGCGGCGCUGGGGAGACAACUGGCGCUGGCGCCAGCACCAGCACCGGCGGCGGCAGUAGUAGGCGGGGCGGCAGCGCGAGCAUGACUGGACGGCUAGCAAGCCUCUGGGCUGAGGGUGUUUAUUCUAAUUGCUGGGUUGCAGCGCAAUGUAUUGUGUUGUGUUUGCGAUUGUGUGGGCCGGGAGUGCCGAUGACGAAGGCAGUGGGCUCAACAGGGCAAUGAGUGCCGAAUGGGAUUGAGCAGGGGUCUAUGGGUUUGCGAGUGAACAUGCAUCAAUGGCAUUGCCAGGGCAGGCGCGCCUGCCCGGGGCACCAUAGUUCUGUGUGUAGACCCUGCAUGCAGCACGGCGGCAUCAGGAGCGUGGCACAUUAAGAGCAGGCGCAGUCGCAGGCCCUCGAUAUGACGCGUACACCUGAGGGCAAGGCGCGUGUCGUGGAGGUUGUACGGCAGGCGCUAUUUCCCGAACGGCUCGGAAGUGACUCGGAAGGAAAUCCCUCGGGAACAUAAGGCAUCCGCCGCUGUGGCAGGCAGUGACCAGCUGGUCGCAGCGCUAUGUGUUGUCAAGGCAGUCUUUGAGCUUGAUAGGCGGGUGUAGCCAAGUAGUUGGGCAUGUGGGGUACCUAAAUGGUUUGCAUUUCGAGCAGUUUGUUGGCGCGUGGAGCAAGCCGGGUUACCGGAUGCUGAGAUUGUCUGUACACGGACUUCGAUGGCACGAAAGCGCGAAGGCUUUAAAGAUGGAACCCUCCU